AUGGGUCAGAAGCUUUCAUGCGUCAGUAGAAAUCAGCCGAUUGAAGGAGUAGAGAAGAAGAGCAAAAAGCCAAAAUGCCAAAUGGUUGCGACUGGAGGUGAUCAAAUCAAUGCCGAAUCAGCCAAUCAGCAGGAGUCCGCGGUUUCAGAGAAGGUGAUCUUUCUGGAGCCGGCACCGAGCAGCUUCAGCCUCCCUUCUACCAUUCCGGCGUGCAAGAAAGCCAAGGACGGUACACACAUUCAGGCCAAUCCCGAAGUGACCGCUAUCUCCAAGCGACCUGGCAAUGAGAUGGUGAAUAGCGCUGAUCGCGUCCACAAGGAGCAGCCAGUGGAUGGGGAGGCGCGGCGGUUGGCGCAGGGCAAGGCCAAGCCAGCCUGCUGGCGUGAUCUCUAUUGGCACCUCGUUUAUAGUCGUGGCUUCAAGACCGACGAGGAGAAGGUACGAGCGCUCUUCACAUGGAUCUGUUCCACGUCACCCGAUAUGCAGCCCUUUCCCUCGGAGGUCGAGGAAGACGACGCCCACAAAGUGAAGGGCAAGGGGAAACACCAAAUUGACUCACCAGACGUGGUUCUUCCCAGACUCGUGAAGGGAAAGGCUAACUACGUCCAAGCAAGUUAUAUUUGGUGUUGCAUUAUGACGUAA